AUGACGCGUCACUAUUUACUUUUCGAUUCAGGUACUGUGUCUAAUGUGGCUGAAGCAGUGGAAUGGCUAACCUACACGUAUUACUAUACCAGGGCAACACAGAAUCCAAUCGCAUAUGGUCUUCCGCACAUGAUUCUGGACAAAGAUCCCGAUUUACGUAACCAUCUAACACGUAUGGUUACUGAAGUUGCCGUCAAGCUGGAUCAAAACCAGAUGAUUCGAUUCGACAGUGUGAAUGCUUUUAUGCAUGCUACAGAUCUUGGCAGAAUAGCGUCCAACUUUUACAUCAAAUACGAAACAAUAGAAAUGCUAAAUGAAACCGGUAAACUCCUUGAAUCUUUGCCAGGUCUACCUGUAUCGCUGAGUGCUUUCAUGCCAGAUGACAUGGUAAUUGCUCUUAUAUCAAUGGCUACAGAGUUUAGUCAACUAAAGAUACGAGAAGAUGAAUGUCUCGAUCUUGAAGAAUUAAUAAGCUGCGGUUGUGUACUGCCGCUUCGUGGUGGAGGCUUGGCGAGUGUCGCUGGGAAAGUAAACGUCCUGCUACAGAGUCACAUUUCACGGUCGUUCAUCCGUAGUUUUUCGUUGGCAUCGGAGUCGCUGUAUGUCCAACAGAAUGCUGGCCGGUUAUGUCGAGCAAUAUUCGAGAUCGUUCUGCGGAGGGGAUGGGCUCAAGCGGCAAACGCGUUUUUGACUAUGUCGAAAUGCAUUGAGAAAAGGAUUUGGCCAAACCAAAGUAGCCUAAGACAACUCGACGAAUUCCUUCGAGUAGAUCUCAUUGAAAAGGUCGAGCGACGAAAACUCACAGAGUCUCAGCUUUUGGACCUAACCGCAAAGGAGUUAGGUCAUAUGUUCAGUUGCGACGGUGAGAAAUUACAUAAGACGAUGCGAAUGCUGCCACGUGUCGAAGUUGAUGCUGUACUCAAACCGAUAACUUACACAAUCAUGCAAGUUUCGGCCACUCUGACUCCUUCAUUCGUCUGGAAUGAUCGCUUCCUAGGGAGAACUGGAGCUCAAUCUUUCUGGCUGACACUGGAGAAUAUAGACGAAAAUCUCAUCGUCCAUCAUGAAAAAAUUGUAAUUAAUAAGAAAAAGGUGAGAACCGGUGAACCGCAGAAUUUGGUAUUUACUAUCCCUAUUCGAGAUCAUCAACUAACCAACGUUUUUCAACUUCGAGUCGCCAGCGAUUACUUUGUCGUUAACGACACUGUCGUGGCACUUUCUAUGCAUAAUUGUAUUCUUCCAAAAUCAUACAAAGCUCAUACAGAUCUGUUACCUCUCGAUCCGUUACCAGUGAAUACCUUAAGGAAUAAAACAUUUGAAUCUAUAUACAAUUUUGCUUACUUCAACCCAAUUCAAACUCAGGUUUUCCACUGCCUCUAUAAUACCGACGAAAAUGCUCUGAUUGGUGCUCCAACAGGUUCCGGAAAAACGCUUUGUGCUGAGUUGGCAAUUUUUCGAUUAUUGCUCAAUUACCCUGGUAGAAAGUGUGUCUACAUCGCUCCGCUGAAGGCUCUUGUCAGAGAGCGUGUUUCGGAUUGGAGGGAGAAGUUCGAGAGGAAGAUGGGAUUUAGAGUUGUAGAAGUAUCUGGUGAUUACACGCCUGACAUCAGUACGCUGAAUGCUGCUCCAAUCAUGAUAACAACUCCAGAAAAAUGGGACGGUAUAACAAGGAGCUGGGCAACUCGGGAAUAUGUGAGAAAAGUAAGCCUAAUCGUUAUUGACGAGAUCCAUUUGCUUGGAGUUGAUCGAGGAGCCGUAUUGGAAGCGAUCAUCACAAGGACUUUCAACAGCAUUAUCAAAUGCCGGGGACGUCGCCGAGUGGAUGGCCUUUUCAACUUCCGACCAUCUGUUCGACCCGUUCCAGUUGAUGUGCACAUUCAAGGUUUUCCCGGUCAACAUUACUGCCCUAGAAUGGCACUUAUGAACAAACCAGCUUUCAAAGCAAUCAUUACUUAUUCUCCGUUGAAACCUGUACUCGUUUUUGUGGCAUCCAGGAGGCAGACCCGACUAACAGCAAUGGCUUUCAUAAGUCAUCUGGUGACGGAGAGUGAUCCUCGUCAGUGGCUUCAUGUUGAUAUGGCUGAGCUGGAUGUGCUUCUACAACAUGUGAAGGAUGAAAAUCUCAAGCUCACUUUGCCCUUUGGAAUAGGUAUGCAUCAUGCUGGCUUAUCGUCGCACGAGAGAGUGUUAGUGGAACAGCUAUUCCUGGAAAAAAAGAUACAAGUUUUGAUUGCAACCGCCACACUAGCUUGGGGUAUCAACAUGCCAGCUCAUCUAGUAAUUGUGAAAGGUACAGAGUAUUACGAUGGCAAAACGUCUAAGUAUGUGGACUACCCUGUUACCGAUGUGCUACAAAUGAUGGGCCGUGCGGGUAGACCUCAGUUUGAUUCGAGUGCAGUAGCGGUAAUAUAUGUGCAGGACAUAAAAAAGACAUUCUAUAAGCGCUUCCUAUAUGAGCCGUUUCCUGUCGAAUCUAGUCUACUUCCUGUUAUCGCUAACCACGUGAAUGCCGAAAUCACUGCCGGAACCAUCACCAGCAAGCAGGGCAUUAUGGAGUAUAUGGCAGGGACAUACCUUUAUAGGCGGUUGUUCGCCAAUCCAAACUACUAUGGUCUCGAGGAUCUAUCCGAAAAGUCCCUGAUUGCGUUCUUGGUUGGAGUAGUCGACCAGUGCGUUGCUGACCUACUGGAAUCGAAAUGCAUCAUCAUAGAAGAAGAGACAGCAACUCUGCGAUCUUCGCCGUAUGGUCGUAUGGCUAGCAUUUAUUACCUUCGACAUGAAACUAUGAAGUUUCUCUUAGACGAGCUCGGCCCCGACGACACUGUAGAAGAUUUACUCAAAACGCUAUCCCACGUCCCCGAAUAUGGCGAAGUACCCGUUCGGCACAAUGAAGACGUCGUGAACACCCAAUUGCAACGCAAACUGAGAAUAAGAUUCGCCACAAGUGCUCACUUUUCCCGUACAGAUGUUCCAACGGAUUACCGUACAGAUCAGAGAAGUGUCCUCGACCAAUGCGUUCGCAUACUUCAGGCUAUGAGUGAUAUAUGUCAGUUGAAUGGUUGGUUGUCAACUGCUUUACGAAUCAUAACUUUGCAACAGAUGUGUCACUCGGGACGGUGGUACGAUGAUCAUCCUCUGUUGUGUUUGCCGCAUCUGAAUAUCUACGAUGCGGAACGAAUUGGGUAA